AUGUCUGUGAUCUUGGUAACUGGCGGGACUGGUCUUGUUGGAAAAGCAAUCCAGCACAUCAUUGAGACUGAACCUGAAGGCUCUCGGUUUGGCAAGAAACCUGGAGAGCAAUGGAUCUUUGUCAGCUCGUCCGAGGGCGAUCUGAGAGAUCCAGAACAGACGAAAAGACUUUUUGAAAAGUACAAGCCCACACAUGUCAUUCACCUUGCGGCACUUGUCGGUGGGCUCUUCAAGAACAUGAAGUAUAAACUGACCUUCUUGCGAGACAAUAUCCUUAUCAAUGACAAUGUACUUCACAAUGCGUACCUUUCCCAGACGAAGAAAGUCAUCUCUUGCCUCUCGACCUGUGUCUUCCCAGACAAGGUCACCUAUCCACUUGAUGAAACAAAGAUACAUCUUGGAUUGCCCCAUGACAGCAACUUUGGCUAUGCGCAUGCGAAGAGGAUGGUAGACGUGCAGAACCACGCAUACAAAGACCAGUUUGGAUGCAAUUUCACCUCUGCGAUACCAACGAACGUGUUCGGUCCGCAUGACAACUUCGAUUUGGAAGGCGCGCAUGUGAUACCCGGACUGAUUCAUAAGUGUCAUAUUGCUAAAAAGAAUGGCACGCCCUUCGUCGUCUCAGGCACGGGGAAACCGCUCCGGCAAUUCAUCUAUUCUAACGACCUCGCGAAGCUCUUCAUUUGGCAACUUAGAGAGUACGAUGAUGUCGAGCCGGUCAUUCUCUCAGUGGGCGAAGGGGAGGAAGUUAGUAUCAAAGAAGUCGCCGACGCUAUUGUGAAAGCAAUGGAUUUCAAAGGCGAGUACACUUUCGACGCGACUCGCGCAGACGGCCAGUUCCGUAAGCCAGCCUCGAAUAAGAAGCUCUUGUCGUUGAUGGGUGGCUUCCAAUUCACUCCUUUCAACGAAGCCCUCGAUUUCACAGUCAAGUGGUUCGUCGAGAAUUAUGAUAAGGCUCGAACUGGCGUGAAGGCGUGA